UCAGCUGUUCUGUCAGUCAAAGUGCACAAAUUGCUCCCUCGGGUCAACAUCGCGAUUUUAUAAAUUUGAAAAUAUCUUUUUUCAAUCGUACUUCCUCAAAUUUAAAGCGAGAAUGACUGCCACCGUGGACCCCCGCCGACCGGACAAGGUGAACCGCUACAAGCCGGUGGAUUCCGGAAACCAGGCCGGCGUUGGUGACGACCUGAUGCCGGACUACAUGAACAUUCUGGGAAUGAUAUUCUCAAUGUGUGGCUUGAUGAUGAAACUGAAAUGGUGCGCAUGGUUGGCCCUUUACUGUUCGUGCAUCAGCUUUGCCAACUCGCGGGUCAGUGAUGACGCCAAACAGGUACUGUCGUCGUUUAUGCUCAGUGUAAGCGCCGUUGUCAUGUCCUACCUGCAGAAUCCGACCCCGAUGACGCCACCGUGGCAGUCGAUAUAGGAAGGCUGGGGCACAAAAUAGAAACUAGCACAAUUAACUCAGUGGGUUUUUUUUUUUCUUUUUUUCUUUCUUGUGAGGUUUUAAAUGACAAGUGUACCAUUAAUUUGAAUGUUGCAUUUCUGGUUUGGAGAAUUCUUACCAAUUAUUUUAUUGCAAUAAAUGAGAAUACUUGAUCGUGGA